GCACUUUUGGGAGAUGAAAAGGCGCGAUUAGGUCUGGCGUUUAUGUAUGAGCCUCCGGCAGGGCUUAAAAAGGAAGAAAAGGAGAUCAAUCCGGAACUGGAACCGAAAUUCGAGUGGCAAAGGAAAUACAACGCUCCGAGAGAAUCUUGGGCGAAAGGAGACGAUAGCAUCCGUGAUCAACCGUUUGGAAUUCAAGUUCGUAACGUCCGCUGUGUGAAGUGCCACAAAUGGGGCCACAUAAACACUGACCGAGAAUGUCCCCUUUUUAACAUGUCAGGCAAUUACGAUACACCGGGAUAUAACACCAAUCCAUCGGAUUUGAUCAAGGAAUUAAAGAAGGAAAAGGAACAAGCAAACGAGGCAGCAGCAUCAUCUUCAGUUACCCACCCUACCGUUAACGAGUCUGAAGAAACAGAAGAAUCCAGCUCGAAAGUUUUGACAAAUCCGCGAGAACUACUUAUGGAAAUGAAAAGCGAAUAUGGACUUACGUUAAAAAAGCACAUUGUAGACAGCUUCAAGGCGGACAGCGCUAUCGAAGUAUUGUUUUGA